AUGAAUGACUUCUCAAGCUUGGAGAAAACUAUUGUACGAGAAUUGUCGUGUCGCUUGUGUCUGUGCACCGAUGUCUCAAAACUUAAACCACUCAGCGCUGAAAUAAAGCGGAAAAUCAAAAGAUUAUUUGAUAUCACAAUACGAACAGAUGAUAACUUGCCAAAAGCAAUAUGUCACGAAUGCCUACAACAAGUGGGAGGUCAGCAUCUUUACUCAGUAAAAGUCGAAAAGACCCAAAAGUUCUUAGACUUUCACAGCAUGAAAAAUAACUUGGAAAGGCAAACUCAAAAUCCACAUGAGAACAAACUACACCCUAUCAUCGGUGCUUUAUCAGAACAUACUGGGAACACGAAACCGCAAGAUAUUAUUAAGCAAACUAUAAUUAAAUUGAACUCGCCACCUUCAGAAUUUCAACAAGGAGAUACUAAGCUCCCUAAAAAUCAACACAAGAAAAAAUCACCCUCUGAGAUGAAAUUUUUGGAAGCAAUGCCAUUAGAAGAAUUUGCAGUUACCGAAAGCUUAGAUAAAUCUCUUUUAAAUAAUACCGUGUCUGCUAGCAAACCAGUAAAAGUUUUGACAAAAAAUCUUAAUCAGUCACCACCAAACAAUACUGUAGAGGAAGUAUUAGACCCUAUUGUACUAAUAGACGGUCGACCGGCUAAGCAAGGCGCCGAUUUGGAAAAACAAAUAACUCUCUUUUACAAAAUGGAGUGUUGCAUUUGCCACGAGCAAGGAUUUAAUUUCAAAUCUCUUAUGAAACAUUACAAAGACAGACAUGGAGUACCAGGAUAUGUUACCUGUUGUGACAAAAAAUUUCACUUUUUUUAUCCAAAAAAGAUUAUAGAACACAUGGCUUAUCAUCUACAGCCAAAUAUCUUUAUGUGCCCUAGUUGCCACCACAAUUUCCACACCUCACAACAGUUGAUAGAACAUCAAAGUAACGGAGGCAGGUCAGAAGGCAAGAUUGCAUGUCCGAGAUGCUCUGAACGGUAUCCCACGUAUCAGGAGUUAGGGUGGCAUAUAAUAACGCAUCGUUCAGACAAAUUUCAAUGCGAUUAUUGUGGAAAAUUAUUAAAACAUCACCAUCGCAAGAAAACCGUUAACCACAUGGAAGAUAUUAUACUUUGCUCACAAUGUGUACGCAUCCUUAAAAAUAUAGAGAAGCAAGAAAAAGAAAUUAAGGAGAAAGUGAAAGCAAAGAGUAAUGACGUAUUAACACUGCAGAAGUACCAAAAAUUUCGACAAGCUAUAGGAUUAUCGGCCGACGAGGACGCCUCUACAGAU